AUGUAAUAGCAGAUACAACAUAUCAAACCUGUAAAAUAUAAAAAGUGACCGUGACAAGCUAGUUCUCUUUUCUAAGAAGAAACAAUAUCUCUGACCCUAACCUAAUAUCUACUUACAUUAUAUUUUCUAUAAAUGUUUUUACAAAAAAGUUGAUUUUGUAUGUUGCUCCAAAAAUGGCGUGUUUUAAAAGAAAUAGGUUAAUAGUUUUUUUAAUUGCACUUGUACUACAAAAUGGUUUUUGUGUUAGGAUUUACACAAAAUCUGAUUUAAAUAAAUUAAAAAAUGAAGUUCAACAAAUGUUUUAUCAUGCUUAUGAUAGUUACCUGAAAUAUGCGUUUCCAUAUGAUGAAUUAAGACCUAUUAGUUGUGAUGGUACAGACACCUAUGGGAGUUAUUCCCUUACACUAAUUGAUGCUCUUGACACAUUGGCAAUUAUGGGAAACUAUACUGAAUUCCAAAGGGUGGUCGACAUAUUAUCAAUGAAACAAGACUUUGACAGUAAUAUAAAUGUUUCUGUGUUCGAAACAAACAUUAGAAUAAUUGGUGGACUUCUCAGUGCACAUCUUUUGUCAUAUAAAGCAGGUGUAAAAUUAGAGCCCGGGUGGCCUUGCAAUGGGCCAUUGUUAAGACUUGCAGAAGAUGUCGCCAAAAGACUAUUACCUGCCUUUGAUACUAAGACAGGUAUGCCUUAUGGUACUGUAAAUUUGCGAAAGGGAGUACCCAAAGGAGAGACACCUGUUACUUGUACAGCUGGUAUAGGCACUUUCAUUGUAGAAUUUGGCACUUUGAGCAGAUUGACUGGUGAUCCAUUAUAUGAGGAAGUAGCCAUGAAUGCAUUGUAUUCUCUUUUUGAACAUCGAUCAGCUCUUGGGUUAUUUGGAAAUCAUAUUGAUACUGACACGGGACAUUGGACUGCUCAGGAUGCAGGGAUUGGGUCUGGCGUUGAUUCCUAUUUUGAGUACUUGGUUAAAGGGUCCAUAUUACUGCAAAGGCCAGAACUGAUGGCAAUGUUUCUUGAGGCGAGGCAAGCAUUUGACAAAUACCUAAAAAAGGACGAUUGGUACAUGUGGGUCUCAAUGACCAAAGGGCAUGUAACAUUACCAGUGUUUCAAUCACUAGAAUCUUUUUGGCCUGGAUUACUGAGUCUUAUUGGUGAUACUUCAAAUGCAAUGGGUACACUUCACAAUUACCAUCAAGUAUGGCACCAGUAUGGCUUCAUCCCAGAAUUCUAUUACAUUACCCAAACGGAAGCUGGUACAGGAAAAGAAAGCUAUCCUCUCAGGCCCGAACUCAUUGAGUCUAUCAUGUACUUGUAUAGAUCCACUGGAGAUCCAUUUUUGUUGCAAGCUGGAGAAGAUAUCCUUAGAAGUAUUCAACAUAGUGCAAAGACUCCUUGUGGAUUCGCCACAAUCAAAGAUGUAAGGGACCAUCGCAAAGAAGACAGGAUGGAGUCUUUUUUUCUCUCAGAAACAACAAAGUACCUUUAUCUGUUAUUUGAUACAGACAACUUUAUCCAUAAUCAGGGUCAGCAUGGCACUCUUAUCAAUACACCGAAUGGAGAAUGUGUUGUAGAUGCAGGGGGUUAUAUUUUCAACACAGAAGCGCACCCAAUAGAUCCUAGUGCUUUGCAUUGUUGUCACAAUAUCCCAUCAUACAAUCUUUACAAUUUCAAAGAACUUGACAGUAAAAAGUACCUUUUUAGAGGCAUUCCGAUCAGUAAAGCUCAAGAGAAAAGUGAAAGUUCAAGAAAGUCAACGAAUUAUUCUGAGCCUUCAGAACAAACUGUUGGAUUAAAUGUAACUACCUUAAUCACUAGUGUUGAAGUUUCAGAAAAUACGUCCUCAGUUAUGGAAGGAGCAGCUAAAAAUAUGUCAAACAGAUUGGACUUGUUAAUUGCAUACAAUGAAAUGUUUGAUCCUCAGCUGAUGCUGGAGAAAUUCAGAAUGCAAGAUAAAAUUCAUAAGAAUACAAGUUGGGAGAUGAAUUAUGAAUUGUUAAGCUGCACAGCGCAAAAUUUCCUCCAUAAAUUGAGUAUUAUGGGAGAGUUUUUCCAGUAAUUGUGUUCU